AUGACUUUCCCGUACGACUCCUUCAAUGUUGAAGAUCUUCACACUGUCGAUGAUGGCAUAAUAAAGCAUCUGUUCCCUUUAUUGGAGGAUCCCUCAAAACCAUUUGAUUUCCUUAUUGGCCAUUUUCUCGGUGUGGAUCAUGUAGGACAUCGACUGGGUCCAGACCAUCCUAGCAUGAAGUUGAAAUUGGAGCAGAUGAACGCCGUGCUAACCCGUGUAGUGGAGACAAUCGAUGAAGACACACUGUUGGUUGUUCUAGGAGACCAUGGAAUGGAUCGCUCAGGUGAUCAUGGUGGCGAUGGGACUCUGGAAACAUCAGCUGGAAUGUGGAUCUACAGCAAAGGUGCUGCCUUGAUGGAAACAGAAACAGAAAUUCCAAGCGGUCUAUUACAAUUUAAAAUCUUUCCUGGUUGUGAUGUCCCUCACCGUUCAAUCCAGCAAAUUGAUAUUUUGCCAACGUUAUCAUUACUCCUCGGGUUCGCAAUUCCCUACAACAAUCUUGGCACAGUGAUACCUGAACUAUUCUGGCGAGAUCACGGCAAUGGUCUUCUUCGAGCUUCCCUAGAAGUUAACGCUGCACAAAUCAUGAGAUACCUCCAAACGUACAGAAAUAGUGCAUCUGGGGGCGAAUUGAACGACUCCUGGGAAGGAAUUAUUUUCUCUUGGACGGCGUCGCAAUCUGACAACCUAUUUGGAGCAAGCAAGUUAAUCAUUCUUUUCAAUUUUACAAGAGUGGCUUUGGCGGCAUGCCGGGAAAUGUGGGCACAGUUCAAUCCUCUCCUAAUGGGAUCGGGUCUUGUGCUCCUCAGUUCAAGCCUUUGUGCCUCCUGGUCGGUGUAUUUGGGACUCACAUCUGUUAAGACCGAUUGGAGGGAAUGGUUGAAGCCUCGCUUGUCUGGCGUUAUCCUUGCUGGUGUCUGUGGAGCAAUUCUAGGCAUCGCUGGACAACAAGUAUUGAGAAUUUUUGUACCUGGCGUCAGUGCAAUUGAUCUAUCUCUUUUCACGGGUGGGAUGGCCUCGUCAGUGAAAUUUAUCAUAUCUUCUCCUCCAAAAAUCAGUUUCCGGAUGAUAAAGUCGGUGCCCAUCCUCCUCGUGCUUCACACAGUGGCCUUCCUUUCGAACUCCUUCACUUUCUGGGAAGACAGGGGAAAGUUCAGCAACUUUAAGAACGGCAAAAACAUGGCUGGCUCGUCUUGGUUUUGGAUGGAUCCUGUUAGGAGGUGGUAUCGAAAUCUCAAGACGGAAAACGGCAAAUUCAAGUCGUGGGAUAUGCAAACGCAGCUGUUAGACAGUUAUCGCGAUACUGUUGCCAUUCACACUGCCUGUGAAUCAUCGACACCAUCCUCCGUACUUGAUGCCGCCUCAGCAAUGAGGUUCUCUCCCUCAGUUAGGUUUAUAGACGUCAUUCCCAUCGCUCUGUUGGGUUUGCAUGCUUUCUAUGGAACAGGCCACCAGUCAACCAUUCAAUCUAUUCAAUGGAAGUCUGGAUUCAUGAUCACUCCAACAGCAAACUAUUUUUUCGCUCCAAUAACUGUAUUACUCAAUUCUGUCGGUCCCGUCUUUUUAUUCGCACUAGCGACACCUUUGGCAGCGCUCUGGAAUAGGUCGCCUUUACCCAUCAGCGUAACACAGCCUGAAGCAGACGUACAGGUCAAAGGAGAAAGUACAUUAGCUGCGUUAGGGAUAGUGAUAUAUUAUUCGGCUUUACUACUAGGAUCAACAGUCAGCGCAGCAGUCCUUCGAAGGCAUUUGAUGGUUUGGAAGGUUUUUGCGCCACGGUUCAUGACUGCUGUUCUGGAGUUGUUGGCUGUUGAUUUGGCUGUUCUGAUCGGUGUCGGUGUUGGCCUCGAGAGGAUAGUUCAACGUUUAUCGAAGACAUUUCACGGGGAAGCUGUUUCCUGA